AGAAGCAAUGCAAAGACUUGAUGGCACUGAAGUUUGUAACAAUGUACGUGAAACGAAGAAUGCAUGGGUGAAGGCACGAGUGGGUGGAGGCACAGAAACGGGGAAUGCACAUGCAGCGGGGCUGAGUUGGUGAGAGGGGUGUUUUUUUAAGUGUGUGUAGAAAGAAAAGGGGCUGGGUGGUGGCAGGGAGAGCACGCAGAGUGUGUCCUUCGCCCUGUCCCCGUAACGAAGCCCAACGAGAGCCAGGAAAAGGGGAAGGGCCUCCUCCACUGCAUCUGCAAAAAAAAAAACAAAAAAAAAGAAAACAGCAGCUCAGGAGUCCGAGCUGGAGCCAGUUUAGAGGACAGGGGGAAGAGGACGGAGAGGGAGCGAGGAGGAGGGAGGACAGAAGAAGAGAGACGUGGGAGAGAGACCAGGAUCAGGACCGCGUCCACCUAUAUGGGUUGUGUCCUGAGCACGGACUGGUGCGGGGAGGAGGAGGUGCAACCGGUGCCUGUGGCCAGGAGCUCCUCGCUGAAGAGACGGAGCCUGGAGAGGAGCGGGAGCAGCAGGAUGAGGCUGACGAAGGCAGGGAAGGGAGAGCCCCACGUUUUCAAGGAGAAGACCUUCAAGAAGAAGCGUCAGUGCAGUGUGUGUCGCCAGAACAUCGACAACGUGGGCUCCUUUUGCAGAGUAUGUAAGACAGCUGCCCACAGGAAGUGCGAGGCUAAGGUGACCUCUGUGUGUAUCCCAGCUCCCUCCAAUGACCUGCAGCGAAGAGGGACCGCUCCUUCCCGUCACAUCCAACACCUGGGGUCCACCAAGUCUCUGACCUGUACUAAGCAAAGAAAUACCCUGCCAAGGAGCUUCAGCGUAGACCGAGUGAUGGAAAGAGUGAUGGAGCGCCAUUAUGACUUCGACCUGACCUACAUCACAGAGCGGAUCAUCUCUGUCUUCUUCCCCCCAAAGCUGGAUGAGCAGCGUUACAGGCUCAAUCUGAAGGAGGUGGCGGCCAUGCUCAAGUCCAAACACCAGGACAAGUUUCUGCUUCUAAAUCUCUCUGAACGCCGUCACGACAUCAGCCGACUAAAUCCAAAGGUUCAUGACUUUGGCUGGCCUGACCUCCACGCCCCACUGCUGGAUAAGAUCUGUGCCAUAUGUAAAGCCAUGGAGAUGUGGCUGACCUCUGACCCCCAGCAUGUUGUGGUCCUGCACUGCAAGGGCAACAAAGGAAAAACAGGCGUGAUUGUGGCUGCCUACAUGCACUACAGCAAGAUCUCUGCAGGGGCGGACCAGGCCCUCAGUACUCUCGCCAUGAGGAAGUUCUGUGAAGAUAAGGUGUCCCCGUCCCUCCAGCCAUCUCAAAACAGGUAUAUCUAUUACUUCGGGGGCCUUCUCUCUGGGGCGAUCAAAAUGAACAGCAGCCCUCUCUUCCUCCAUCAGGUUCUCAUUCCCUCGCUCCCAAACUUCGAGGGUGAAGGAAGUUACUACCCCUUCCUGAAGAUUUACCAGGCCAUGCAGUUGGUCUACACCUCGGGCAUCUAUGACCUUCAGGGCAGUGGAGGCAGGCGUCUGUGCGUGACCAUCGAACCAGCACUGCUUUUAAAAGGUGACAUCAUGGUCAAAUGCUACCACAGGCAAGCGCACAGUGCCGACAGGGACACCGUGUUCAGGCUGCAGUUCCACACAUGCACCAUCCACGGGUCCCAGCUCUGGUUUGGCAAAGGGGAGCUGGACCAAGCUUGUACGGAUGAACGUUUUCCAUCUGACGCCACAGUGGAGUUCGUCUUCUCCUCGGGACCCGAGAAGAUCAAAGGACGCGAGUACCACAAGAAUGAUCCAGCUGUCACAGUGGACUACAACACUGCUGACCCAGUGGUGCGAUGGGAUUCCUAUGAGAACUUUAACCAGCGAUACCAAGACAGCCUGGAUGAUAUUGCCCACACCCGAGGUCCUCUAGAUGGCAGUCUGUACGCGCAGAUAAAAAAGCGCAGAGGGCCCGGCUCUGGUUCGCUCACCUCCACUAGUGGCAGCAGCCCAGGGUCAGGCAUCCACGAAGACAGAUCCGAUCAUCUCCUCGCUCAGGGUUCUGACCUCUCAGGCCACUCCAUCCAUUUGAAUCAGUCAUCUAUCCAUCCAGACUGCCAGGAGGAGCCCCUUCGUCCCCCGCCUCCAACAAGACAAGAGAGAGAAGAGCUUGAACGCCUUCUCGGAGGCAUCGAAGGAAACCGAGACGGUGAGCGCGAGACUGCCAUCUUGGAUGAUGGGGAUUCUCUGCCCUCUGAGCAGUCUGGAACGUUGAGGCUCAUGCGAUCAUGUUCCUGCCGCGAAGGUUACCGGUCCCAGCGCUGUGCUGAGCCUGGAUGCGACCGCACCCUUCUGAUGCCUAAUGGAUACUGCCUUGACAGGGCCCCCGGAACAAAUGGACACUGCCUUGAUAGGGCUCCUGGAGCCAAUGGGCACCACGGGACAACCCCUGCUACCUCCAACCCUGUUGCUCCUCCGUCCCACAUGGAUCUGUGCCAGCACUACAGCCCCCACCCUCAUCAGUCUCUUCCACCACCAGAUUUGGUCUGGGACCGCCAGAGUGGCCUGCCGCACUAUCUACACCGCUCCUGUUCAGAGAGUCCCUCAUCUCGACAUAUGUGUUCAUACCCAUCAUCAAACCUUAACGCUCACUCUCAUAGCCAUUCCCAUCACCACCCUCUGUCUGCACCGGGUCGCCUCUGCUGUCGAGAAGAGGACUACAGCCCUUACCAUCACCCUCCUACAACUCACAGCCACCACCACCCCCAUGCACACCACCCUAAACCCUCCAACAGCCCUACCUAUCAUGAUAUAAUGCUUAUGGAUGGCCUGCCAGCCCCUGGCUGCCCUUGCAGAGACUGCAGCAUUAGGAGAGAAGAUUCAACGGGUUAUCACAGCUUAAGGCUGGACCGAGGCGACAGCUUUCACUGGGACAGAGAGGGGGAGCUUCCACAGAGAGAGGUGAGCCUUAGGAGAGCCAGGGAUGCAGAGUUACCCCGAGGGUCAGAGCUGCACUGGGAGAGGGACCCAGGACUAAGGCGAGGCAGAGAGCUGUCCCUCCACUGGGAGCGAGACAGAGAGGCUGAGCUACAGUGGGAGAGGGAGAGAGAAGCCGAAUAUUGGCACAGAAGGGCCACAGUAGCCUCCUACGGGUCACAAGGUCAUGAUCUUCCAGCCUUUGCAUUUGACCCCCUGCCAUCGGGUCACCCAGCUUAUCCUGAGGCGUCAAGGUCCCAUGCUCAUUCCCACCUGGAUUUGAAGUACAGCAGCAGCAGCAGUGGUUACCAAACACCCCGCCAGGUGUGCCCAUAUUCACCCUACCAGCCCUCUCCAUCUGAGAGCAGGGGCUACGCGUCUGGCUACCAGUCUGAGUCCACAUCUCCACUCCCACCUGCUUCCUCCAUGACGGGACCCUGCAGCCAUAGUAACGGACAAGCAGAGCAAAACCACAACCACAACCACCAUCACCCGAAUUCACAGCAGGCAUACGGCUCUGACUCACACACUGACGGCCUUCGUAGCUCUGGUGAAAGUGUGGGCUGGAGAGACCACAUCACACAUGGGUCUUUUAGGAGGCCCCACAGAGACGGCCAUGCCACAUGCUCCACGCCAUCUGACAUGUCUGGCCCUCCCACUCCUGUCCACACAAGCAGCCCUCUGCGCACACAAGAAAGCCCCAGUCCAGGAGGGAGGGAGUAUGAAAUCCGGACUACAGACAUCAUCAGCAGUGACUGCGAAGCCUCCCAGUCUCCAGAUGGACACUAUCAAGUCAAGUCGAGUAAUACCAUUCAGGAGUUGGCAGAAAGUCAAACAAGCAGCACAGAGGCACCAUCCCUGCCAGCUUCCACCAAAGAAACACAGUCACAGACAACCAAGCUUUCUCAAACUGUCCUCCACAAUAACUGCACUGUGCCAACAGACCCAUCCCCUAAAGCUCUCCAACAGCAGCUCUGCAGCACAGAUUUGGCAUCAGCUUCUAGUUGUGACUCUGUGCCACAAACCACAACCAACCAAGAACAUUCCCAUGUUCAUUUAUCCCCUAGCCAUGCUUCAUCUGCGCUGGAUGCGCCCCCCCAACCUGGCCCCCUCGCUCUGCAGACUCCUCAACCGUCAGAAGCCAUAACACAGCUGGAGUCCCAGCCUCAAAGUCCAACUCAAACCCAAGUCACAGCCUCUGUAGGAACAAUUCCAGCACAAGUCAAUGGAUCUUCUCCAACCAGGGAACCUCACACUGAGGCCAUAAAACCUGCCAACCCCCAAGCCCCUGUAUCUCCCACUCUAGCUUCUUCAUCAUCCCUCCAGCCUGCUUCCAGCAGCAUGGAGGGCUCCCCUGUCAAUGAAGCCCCAGUUCCUGGCUUUGCCACCCUGGGUAGGAGGUUGAUGCUGACCGGGCUUGACUCCCACCACCCGAACCACAUCCAGCAGCAUCCACAUAACCACUACCCACCCGUUGACCACAGUACAGCUGUGGACACUAACAAGAAGCAAAGUUACUCGGCUCACACUCCUCAGCUUCACCCAUCCUCCUACUCCAAUUACUCCACCAUCUCAAUCCCCCUUCCUCACCCCCAGCCUCCUUUACCAGAAAAGCGACACCUGCCAGCCCAGCCAGGAUUAACCAGCGAAGGGGUGAGAGUAGCUGCGGGUUAUGUGCCUCCAUUGCCAACCAGUCCCACACAGCAUCAGCACCAUGUCACAUUUUCCCCCACUGUGGGGGAAUUUGCUCCCACUGCAGGCCAGAAUGAUGAACUGGCUGCAGUGGAGCCUGCAAACAGGGUCAGUGUAAAGUUUGUCCAGGAUAGUUCAAGGUUCUGGUACAAGCCUGGCAUUUCCAGAGAGCAAGCAAUUGCAGCUCUAAAGGAGCGAGAACCAGGUUCCUUUCUCAUUAGGGACAGUAACUCUUUCCAGGGGGCCUAUGGUCUGGCCCUGAAGGUUUCAACACCUCCACCUAAUGUCAACAACCACAACAGCAAAGCGAACGACCCUCUGGAACAACUUGUCAGACACUUCCUAAUAGAAACAGGCCCUCGAGGAGUGAAGAUUAAAGGAUGUCAGAACGAGCCCUACUUUGGGAGUCUGUCAGCAUUAGUCUACCAACACUCCAUUACACCCAUCUCCUUGCCCUGCACUCUGAAGAUCCCAGAUAAAGAUCUUAUCGGGGAGGUGCAGGAAGUUCAACUAGUCAGUAAUGUAAGCACAGCUGCAGACCUGCUCAAACAAGGAGCAGCCUGUAAUGUCCUCUACCUGAACUCUGUGGAAACAGAGUCUCUGACCGGCCCCCAGGCCAUCGCCAAGGCAACAGAUGCUACUUUGGGGCGUAACCUUCGUCCUGUUGCCACUGUUGUGCAGUUCAAGGUGACGUCACAGGGGAUUACGCUAACUGACAGCCAGCGCAGGGUUUUCUUCAGAAGACAUUAUCCAGUGAACAGUGUAACCUACAGCAGCAUCGACCCAAAGGACAGAAGGUGGACUAACUCAGACAACACCACUGUUAAGGUGUUUGGUUUCGUAGCCAAAAAGCCCGGCAGCCUGGCAGAAAACGUUUGCCACCUGUUUGCAGAAUUAGACCCCGAACAACCUGCCUCCGCCAUCGUCAACUUUAUCAACAAAGUCAUGUUGGCGCAGCGCCGGUAGAUGGAGAGACGUCAUGCAAGCAAGGCACAUGCAGUAUUAAACUGUUGACAAGGAAUUUACUAAUGUCCGAAUACCAGUACUUGUAUUCGCCAGGUUUGGACCAUAACACUAUGUUGUCUUUCUUGUCCAACUGAUAAUGUGACACAGAUGUUAGUAAUUGAAACACGAUGAUGCACACUGCUGUUCCCCAUAAAACCUCUCUAAGGGGAACAUAUACUGUAACACUGCAUUUCAGUUUUUAUAUGAAUGAUGUGGAUGCAAAAUACACAACAAAAUACAGUGUUUAGAAAAAGUCGAUGUAUAGUGUUGCAAAUUUUUCAAGGAUGAGAAGACUUCAGUGGAGACGUCAGCAAUCCAAUCCGCAGGGGCCAGCAUCAUGAAAACAUGUUUGUGUGUUGGCUCCCAGAACUGAGAUUUCCUUACAUGGAACAGGAGGAUAUCACAAUGCAGGGUGUGGCUACACUGUUCAGGAACAGCUUUAGUUCCAAGUACAGUAUAAGGAAGAUAUAACACUGCACACCCUGUUGUUGCAGCAGACAACCUCAUUUUAGUGAAUAUAUUUUUAUUCUCAUCAGUAGUCCAAGUAUCAAACGCAAAUAAAAAAAAAUCUUAAGUAAUGAGUCUGAUGAUGCUGUUAUAGUUUCUGGGCUCUGUAGUCUCACAGUAAUGUAGCAAUAGCUGAGUGGGUGAGCCAAGAGGUAAUGGAGCCAGAUCAGAUUUACACUGACUGAAGCCAAAUAUCCCAAAGUCAGCCAGACUAAUUCUAACAGAUCAUGAUACCGGCCCCUGGUAAAAUAGUGGUUAAAUGCAGUUUUUAUUAGCAUGGUGUCCAGUCAAAUUAUGAGCUAAAUGUAGCAUUGAGGACAAAGUGAUUACAAUGAGGAUGUUUCCUUGCACUGGUAGAGGGCAACAAAUCCCUAGAGAUUUGACAAAAGAGCAGGUGUUUAUAUUUUGUAACGUUACAAAAUCCCUUGUUUGUUUAAAAGAGCAACCAAAGUUCUGCUAAUGUAAUCUAGUUUCUGUAUGUAUGUUCAGGUAUUGAUGUAUAUAAAGCAUAUUUAGAGACACUCUUGCCUUCAACCACAGACCAGAGCAUUUUUACCAGUAUAACACAUUUGACAAUCAAGUUUUAUUUUGUUGCCGAUGUUUUUCCACUCAGACACAUAGUAACUAAAGCAAGUGAGAAAUAUACAGUAACUCUCUAAUGAAAGUAAUCACGAAAGUGACGUGUUUAAGUGUGUGUGUGUGUGUGUAUGUAUGUUUUGAGGGUUCUGGUGCGCUGAGGGUAUUAAGGCCAAUAUGCUGGGUCAUGGUCCUGUGUCACUGUAGGUCUAGUUGUAGAGAAAUGCAUGUGAAAAGGGGAAGAGCUAGAUGGGGAAGGAAGUAGGAAGAUGGAGCACACCACUGCCGUGAAGUGUUUGGUGUCCAUUUACUGCUUCACUUGCUGUGGCCAAGUCCACCACAGAGCAUAUUCACACACACUAUAACCUGUCCAACAGGAGACACAUAAGCAGAUGUACUUAACCAAAGACGAAGCACUCGUGUAUUAAUGAGCUUAUUCUCUAGCUAUAUUUUUAUACUUAUUGUCUCUUGUAUUUUUACUACGCAUUUAUUUAGCGUUUCCCUGUUACAGUCUAGAAAAACACUUGUCUUAUAGCGAUAAUAUAUUAACUGUUUUCUUGUCGACGUCUAUAUUGUGUAGUAAUAUAUUUUCACAUGCAGCUAUAGGACAGUGUAUGAGAUAUUAAAAGAAAGGGUUUGUCUUUGAAAAGAAUAUUAUGCUAUUUUGUAUGCAAAAAAGAGAGAACCAAAUUAAACUGAAAGAUGUGGUACCUAAA